UCAAGGUAGGCUUCGGUGCAGAAGAGAGGAACUGCUGCUGUCACUAGAGAAAGCCCAGUCAUCCAUAAGCACCAUGGGAAAGAAGAGUCGAGUGAAGAUUCAGAAGUCAGGCUCAGGAGCCAGUACUGUGGUUUCCCCCAAGGAGAUGAUGAACCUGAUCUCUGAACUGCUGCAGAAAUGCAGCAGUGCUGCACCCUCUGCUGGUAAAGAGUGGGAGGAGUACAUCCAGAUCAGAGGUUUGGUGGAGAAGAUCCGCAAGAAACAGAAAGGUAUGUCAAUACUGUUUGAGGGCAGCCGAGAGGACUGCUUUCCAGACUUGCUGUCCUGGGCUCGGGAAAACGGGGCGUCCUGUGACAGUUUCACAGUGGCCAACUUUGGUACGGAGGGCUACGGCCUGCAGGCCACUAGAGACAUCAAGGCAGAGGAACUGUUCCUGUGGAUUCCCCGGAAGAUGCUAAUGACUGUGGAGUCGGCCCAAAACUCUGUACUGGGUCCUCUGCACAGCCAGGACAGAAUCCUACAGGCCAUGGGCAACGUGACGCUGGCCCUCCACCUGCUAUGUGAGCGAGCCAACCCUGCUUCACCCUGGCUACCAUACAUUCGCAGUCUUCCUCAGGAGUACGACACACCGCUUUUCUACCAGCAGGAUGAGGUGCAGGAGCUGCUGGGCACACAGGCAGUGCAGGACGUCUUGAGCCAGUAUAAAAACACUGCACGUCAGUAUGCUUACUUCUACAAGCUGGUACAGACUCAUCCCGCCGCCAGCAAAUUGCCCUUGAAGGACAACUUCACAUUUGAUGACUACAGGUGGGCAGUGUCCUCAGUGAUGACCCGUCAGAACCAGAUCCCUACUGAGGAUGGCAGCCGAAUCACUCUGGCUCUCAUCCCCCUCUGGGACAUGUGUAACCACAUAAAUGGACUGAUUACCACUGGCUACAAUCUGGAGGAUGAUCGCUGUGAAUGCGUGGCACUGCAGGACUACAAAGAGAACGAACAGAUCUACAUCUUCUAUGGCACGAGAUCCAAUGCUGAGUUUGUCAUCCACAACGGCUUCUUCUUUCAAGACAACGUCCAUGACCGAGUGAAGAUCAAGCUGGGCGUCAGUAAGAGCGAACGCCUCUAUGCCAUGAAGGCCGAAGUGCUGGCACGAGCCGGCAUCCCAGCGUCCUGUAUCUUUGCUCUGCACUGUAAUGAACCCCCCAUUUCAGCUCAGCUCCUAGCCUUUCUCAGAGUGUUCUGCAUGACAGAGGAGGAACUAAAGGACUAUCUGCUCGGAGAUCGGGCCAUUAAUAAGAUCUUUACCCUGGGCAACAGCGAGUUUCCUGUCAGCUGGGAGAAUGAGAUUAAGUUGUGGACUUUCCUUGAGACCCGAGCUGCUCUGCUGCUCAAGACCUACAAGACCACCUCACAGGAGGACGUCUCUAUGCUUGAGAAACCUGAUCUAUCGCUUCAUUCUCGCAUGGCGAUCCAGCUCCGCCUAGCUGAGAAGCAGAUCCUGGAGAAAGCCUCAGCCAGUGGACGGGCCAAACGUCUGCACUUCGAGAAGAAGCUGGAGGAGGGCGCUCCGUUGCCUCUGUACGAGGAAAGCGAUAUUGCUUUGCUGGAAAAUACUGAUGCAGAUGAAAAGCUUCCUAUCAUCCUGCGCAAGCUGGAAGAGGUGGAAGAAGGUCAGGAGAUCCAGGUGGAGGAGCACAGUCACUUCCUGAAUGGGGAGAAGGCUGUGUAUGGGAUGGAUAUGGAGGCUAAUGGAGAAGCCGUGCAGGAGAAGACUCAGGAGAAAGUCAGCAAAGAUGAUAAUUCAGCUUUGGACUUGAUUGGAAGUUCAACCCAGAAGACACAAAGGGAAAUGGCUGACCUAAGCGCCAGUCGAACUGAAGAUAAUCCCAAAGACAACAGUGACUAAAUAUAUUUCACUCACUGCCACAGCCAAUGCUAUUUAUUUGUUUUUGAGUCUCCCAAAUGACUAAAAAAAUACAGAAACUGGAAAAAAUUGAAUUUAAAGUUGCAGGACUUUUCCGACUGUACAUUCAUCCAGCGUGGCUUUUCUUAGUUGUUCGCAGUUGAACUUGUUUGAAAAUGCUUUUGAUUGACAUUAGCUUUUGUUUGAUGUUGAAAACAUAGGUUUACAUCAAAACAGUUGGGGUCCUGCAGCAUAAAAGAAAGUGAAGAGGGAACACCACAAAGUGGUUCCAGCAAAUUGUUAGGUGAAGAGAAAAAAAACUAAAUGGAGUUAGGUGAAUGUUAUUUCCACAAAGCCAAAACGUCUCUGAUCUUGUGAAUUGACUGGUUUAUUACUGCAGUUUGUCUCCAUCUAUGUCUGGUAUGCUUUGAGUUGACAAUCAUAUUUUCUAGUUUAUUUUGGGGUGUGCCACUGAGUUUAGACCGUCACUGCCCUCUAUUCCCCUGUUUUGUUUUCCUGGUUAAAAUCAUUUCAAGCAAAACAUAAAGUUAUUAACCUAUUAGUUCAGUAUGACAAGCCAAAAUGAAAGAUAGUUUUUGCUUUUAUAAUAAAAAAAAAACAUCAUGUACCAAAUGUACAAUUUUUUUACUAUCAACUUGUACAUUUUCCGUCAUCACGUGAUUGCAGCCCUUAUUACAUAACAAAGAAUUUGUUUUAAUGUGUGUUUUAAAAAGAAUGUUUAUGUCACCAAAAGGGAGUGACUAGUGACCUAAUGAUCACUGAGAAAGCCAUAUGCAGCACUGAGGACUGGAUCAAACAGAAGAUGAUUAAAUAAAAAAAAAAAA